GUUUUUCUUGCUCCAAGUCGUCACAUGACAACAUUACGGUCCGUUUCCGGAUGUCGAGAAACGUCUCUAACGUACUCAAAACUCAUCAAUGGCAGUGCUAUUAUCGAGCUGACAUGACAGGCUGAGCUUUAUCCACCAUGUCGGUCCAAGCUCCUCGCAUGUCAGUGUUCACGUUUCAGUCUGCAGUGCACAGCGCCCAUGUUCUCCAGUGUCUGAAUGACCAGAGGCAGCAGGAUGUUCUGUGUGAUGUAACCGUGGUGGUGGAAAACAGGAGUUUCCGGGCCCACUGCUGUGUGUUGGCUUCCUGCAGUGAAUACUUUCACAGCAGGAUUGCCAAUGUCACGGGACAGAAUGCCAUCAUCACCUUGCCCGAUGAGGUGACCAUUGGGGGGUUCGAACCUUUGCUUCAAUUUGCCUACACAUCAAAGCUACCAUUCACCAAAGAAAACAUUCAUGCCAUUCACAGCAGUGCUGAGUAUUUAGGAUUUCAUGAUUUGGAGUCUGCAUGCUUUGAUUUCCUCAUCCCAAAGUAUUCUGAAGGCAAAAGCACAUUGCGAGAGGUCAAGCACAGAGUCUGUUGCCUGAGUCGGGAUCCCAGUGCCAGUUUUAGCCCCGGCACAAAAAGCAACCAACCAAAACCAUUGGAGUCACACAGCUCAGUGCCUUCAAGAGAGGAUGCACCAACAGAUUUACCAUCACAGUGUCCCUUGAGUCAGACAAACAGCGGGGAGAAACACUUUUGUUUGGAGAAUUGUGGGCCCCAGAUGACCCCCUUAUCUUCAGAGUUAACAAGCACUGUUGUGUGCCCCAUGCUGUCUUUGCCAUGCCCACAAACAGACAAAGCAGAUCACCCCUCACAGUUCUGUGAGACCGAUAUUUUAGAGAUAGAUGUGGGUAAUCAAAGUGGGUUGAGUUUGGCAGAUUGUGGCUUACCCUGUGAGCUGUCAACUCCAGGGGAUAUGAAUCUGCCAGAACUUAUUGAGCCAGCAGGCAGAGAUGUCAAGCAGACUGUGGAGACGCUCAUGGCUGAAACCAACUGUGACCCUGGUUCCUGUCCACUCAACACAUCAGGUGCAGAUGAUUGCCAUGCGCCACUAGAGCCAAGUGCGGCUUGCCUUGAAUCGAAAAUGGAAGGCGAUCCGACAGACCCUACACUAUCUGCUCUGAGUCCCGAAGAGGAAAACGGGGAGCGAAGCAGCGUGGAGAGGGAGGUAGCUGAGCAUCUGGCAAAAGGAUUUUGGUCUGACCUAUGUCCUUCUCAGGCUCAACCACUCCCUUUAGAGCCAAUGGACCAAAACAAUCUGGCAAAAGCAUCAGAUUUUCAUUGGCUUAAGCAGUUGGACCUGAGUUCCAAUGUAGGAGACUGUCCCUUCUUCAGGGACUUUGGGACAGGGGAUGACCCAGCCCCACACACUGACAGCCUGUCCCAGUCAGAGAAGAGCCCUUACAUGUCCUCCUCGCUCAACUCUGGGGACGACUCAGACCUGGACACAGAUGGGGACACUGAAGCCAACUACAAGAGAGCAGCAGAGAUUCAGCUCCCAUUCCCCGUGGAGCAGAUCUCAGCCCUGAGCCGGAGUGCCUUUCAGCAGCUUCUGAGACACCACAAUUUGACUCAAGAGCAGCUUGAAUUCGUCCAUCAUGUUCGCCGACGAAGCAAAAACCGCGCGGCUGCACAGCGCUGCCGAAAGAGGAAACUAGACAGCAUAUACCAGCUAGAAUGUGAAGUCAAAAGAUUAAGAAAUCAGAAGGAGCGGCUGCUGCACGAGCGAACCGACCUGGAACACAACCUGCAGGAGACGCGGCAGAGUCUGUGCGGUUUAUGUAAGAGUGUUAGCCUCGAAGCGGGCUCUGAUCAGGACCACUUGCAGCUUCUGGCCAAAGUCUCAUCAGACCCCCCCAUCCACUCCCCUCCUAUUUUGGGUGAAGAUGACGAGUCCCAUAUGCCUUUCAAAAUGGUAAGUUCUUCAGAGUGUGACCCGAGGAAGCCACCUGCAGACUCAGUUCAAACUGCUUCAGCUGCUACGGGCCCACAGGCGGAGGAGGCAGUUCCUCCACAGAGCUGCCUCUCCGUGUCUCGGCUCAAUGUCUGUCAACACAUGGACACCAGCUUAUGAUUGGACUCAAUCGCUCAAUACCUGUCUGUAUUCCACUGAAUAUUUUACUGUAUGAUAUUGGAGUCUUAAAGUGGCAAACAGAAAUGUCAAAUUUCCUUUGCUGUAUUUUUAAUAUGCAUUUCACUGUAGUAAACAAUCGAAUGCUCAUAACUUUGACAGAUUUUUAAAGCAAUUCUCUAAAUGUUUCCAUUUUGGAAUUACGAGGGAGUUCUUGAAAUUAAGUUCAUUUUUCAAAAGGAAACUUUACCUGACUGAAGAUUACCGCUUCAAACAUACGCCACAUACACACUUACAUACAUUUAUGAAAAUAUGAUGUUUCUUUUAUUUUGGACUCAUUCAUUAUAUUCAUAAUUAUUGUAUUCUAUCACCUAAUGUAUUAACUACCACUGUGCUUUGUCUUUGAUUAACUAUGCACAGUACUAACAUAGUUAUUAUCUUUUUUUUUUACAGUACAGGACAUAUAUUCUCGGCAUCAUCCUUUUAAUGCCAGUAUAUAGUGUGAAUGAAUAACUGUCAGUUUCCCCAGGUGUUUAAAGAAUAGUGAAAGUGUUGCAUGGGAAGAAAUGACCAUAUGUGAUGCAAAACGUGCCUUAUGCGGUAGUACAGUAUGAAUACAGAAAGACAAAAGGCAAUCCUUUUAUGUUUUUGUCUCAAGCACUGUUGCACAUUAAUUUACCCGGAGCCCACAUUGAUGGCCUUCUCUUACAUUAAAGUUUGUCUUCGUGUUGAGUAUUUUCUAUCAAAUUCUUUUAUGCAUUAAAGAUUUUAAUAAACAACAUUUUGUAACA